CGGCGCAUGCGUAACGGCGGGUUUUGUGGCUGUCAUUAAGUCUGGUCUCGGGCAUUAAGCGAAACAGCGGCAGCUGUUUGCCGGACCGUGGGGAGGGAAAAUCCUCCGUGCUUCGGUGUUCCUGGCGUCUCGCUUCAGCACGGUUUCCGUCCAAACCCUCCCCACGUUUUCUUCCUUUCUCUGUCGGUCGCCAUGUACCGGUAUCUAGGGGAACUCCUGGCUCGCGGGGCGGCCGCUUCCUCGCCGUCCGUCGGCGAGGGCGGUUUGCAGCGCAUCUGCGGCCCGGCUGCGCUGCUCCACUGCCGGCGAUACUCCACCGAGCCCUCGGCCGCCCAGCAGCAGGACGACCCGAACUUCUUCACCAUGGUGGAGGGGUUUUUCGACCGCGGGGCGAAGAUCGUGGAGGAUAAGCUGGUGGAGGACUUGCGGACCCGCGAGUCGGACGAGCAGAAGCACAACCGGGUGCGGGGCAUCCUGAAGAUCAUCAAGCCCUGCAACCACGUCUUGUCCAUCUCCUUCCCCAUCAAGAGGGACAAUGGCGAGUGGGAGGUUAUCGAGGGCUACCGAGCUCAGCACAGUCAGCACCGGACGCCCUGCAAAGGAGGAAUCCGUUACAGCAUGGAUGUUUGUGUGGAUGAAGUGAAAGCCUUGGCCUCUCUGAUGACUUACAAAUGUGCAGUGGUUGAUGUGCCAUUUGGAGGUGCCAAAGCUGGAGUGAAAAUUAACCCAAAGAAUUACACAGAUUCUGAAUUAGAAAAAAUUACAAGAAGAUUUACCAUUGAGCUUGCAAAGAAAGGAUUUAUUGGACCUGGUAUUGAUGUGCCGGCCCCUGAUAUGAGUACGGGUGAGAGAGAGAUGUCCUGGAUUGCCGAUACUUUUGCCACUACAAUGGGACACCAGGAUAUAAAUGCUCAUGCCUGUGUGACUGGUAAACCCAUCAGCCAAGGUGGCAUCCACGGCCGUAUUUCUGCUACAGGACGUGGUGUCUUCCAUGGGAUAGAGAACUUCAUCAAUGAAGCGUCCUACAUGAGUGUUUUGGGAAUGACUCCAGGCUUCGGAGAUAAAACUUUUGUUAUUCAGGGAUUUGGUAAUGUAGGCAUGCACUCCAUGAGGUACCUGCAUCGUUAUGGAGCCAAGUGUGUUGGUGUUGGUGAAUUGGAUGGUUCAAUUUGGAAUGAUGAUGGCAUUGAUCCCAAGGAGCUAGAGGAUUACAAACUGGCACAUGGAACAAUUGUUGGAUUCCCUAAAGCAAAGCCAUACGAUGGCAACAUCCUGGAGGCAGAGUGUGACAUUCUAAUCCCUGCAGCUGGUGAGAAACAGCUGACCAAGAGCAAUGCAAGAAAAGUCAAAGCAAAGAUUAUUGCUGAAGGUGCUAAUGGGCCAACCACUCCAGAAGCUGACACAAUAUUCAUGGAAAGGAACAUCAUGGUUAUUCCAGAUCUAUAUCUGAAUGCUGGUGGUGUCACAGUUUCCUAUUUUGAGUGGCUGAAAAAUCUGAACCAUGUUAGCUAUGGCCGUUUGACUUUCAAAUAUGAGCGUGACUCCAACUACCAUCUACUAAUGUCUGUUCAGGAAAGUUUGGAAAGGAAGUUUGGCAAGCAUGGUGGUACUAUACCAGUUGUACCAACAGCAGAAUUCCAAGCCAGAAUAGCGGGUGCUUCUGAGAAAGAUAUUGUCCACUCUGGUCUUGCAUAUACCAUGGAACGCUCAGCAAAGCAAAUCAUGCGCACAGGGAUGAAAUAUAACCUGGGCCUGGAUUUGAGAACAGCUGCCUACGUAAACGCUAUCGAGAAAGUCUUCAAGGUGUAUAACGAGGCUGGUCUGACCUUCACAUAGAGUUUGCACCGUCCGUCCUUUAUGAAGCCCCCACCCGCCUCGACCUUUCCUCAGCCUAACAUGUCAAACGUUUACACAGUAAAAUUUUCUUUUCCAAUGGUUUAAAAAGUAACGAACACUUUUUCUCCAAUAGAAGCUGCCAGAAUUAGUGAAUAGGUUAAAUAAUUAACAUAACCCACAAGCCAAUAUUAAGGCUUAUAGAAAUCUUUAUGAUCUCGCACUGCUGGCAAGUGGGAGCCACGUUAACAUUUUACUUAAGGGAGGAGCUUUUCAAUGCGUAGCAUCCAAUUUGUGGUCUCCAGCUAGCAAACCCCCUUGGCAAUUUCAUUAAAUUGACAAAUAUGCUCAUGGGAGAUUCUAAAGCCUGUUUGCUGUCUGGUCAUUUGAUUGUCAUUUGUUUUCACUGAGUCUGUUUGUCCCAGGUGUCACAAGGUUAUCUGUAGCACUUCUAUCAAAAUUCUAUUAUUUUCGGUUUCUGUUGUGUAUCAAGCAGAAAAGAACCAUAUUCGUUUGGGGUAGUUAAGCUUUUGCCAGAAUGUUUGUUUUUUUUUAAUUGGUUUGCUAUAAUUUCAUAUUUGAUGACUUAUUUUAACAAGCUAUCUUAAAUGAGCCAAAGUGCUCCUGAGUUUUAGAGAGCUAACAUUACACUAUUUCUCCAUCCUAAUUGUUUCAUCCCUGUGCGCAUAAUUUGCUGUAAUAGAUGGAAAAAACAAAAUUAGCAGGAAGGCUUGCAUCCUUACAUUUUUAUUCUUCUCAAUCCCCCCCAAAAGUGUAAUAAUUGUGGUUUAUUGACCUUGCUACAAAGUUUACUUGUGCAUUUUGGAUUAAACAUCAGGCUCUAUUGUGACACUGGCCGUGUUGGGAUAGUGGUAGGAAUCAGUAACUCCAGGAGCUUGAAGUGGAGAGGGUACAUGCACAUUAGACAGCACACUUGUACAGUAACACGUGGCCAUGGUUAGGGUUCUCUUUACAUAAAAUGUAUCUAACUUCCGUUCAGUGAAGUUGGCAAAAGAGUACGUGGAAGUAAGGAUGAGGGGGUUUGCAGAGAAGCACAAUUUUUUUUGAGUAAAGGCUGUUCUCAGCCAGUUUUUAUUUUCCUUUUGUCCAUUUACUUAUGUAGCAAAGAAGUCAAUGUUAUUCAAAUUGCAUUUACAUUAUAGCACAGUGACCUUGGUCGUCUUGUUUCAGAGGAACAAUGGAGCAGUGCAUUUAGGAGCCCUGACUAAUGAGCCCAUUAGUGGAAGCAUGGUCUCAAAAUAGACAUUUCUCUGGUAUUAGGAUAGAGUGAAAUUCAGAAAACAAAUGAACACUGGCAAUCAUGACUUUCAAAUAACUUGUGCAGCUACAUAUUUUUUGAAUUAGUGCUAUGGAAUCUAGCCUCCAUUAUGAAUAGGACAGAACACCCAUAAUCAGAAACCAAUACAAGUACAGAAGCAACUUCACUAUAAAUCUGUCUUUUUAUAAAAGCAUUUUCUCGAGAUAGAAUAUUCAUUUGCAACUGUAAAGUCAGAGGAUGUGUUUUUUUUAAAAACUUAUUUGAAUGUUUUCUGUGCUUUGGAGGUCAAACAUGACUCCCCAACUUUGUGUAGCAAUUAGGACCGUGAGCACAUUGAAUUUUGUCUGCCUUAUUGGAAACCUGCAGCUGUCUUUCAUCAAAGUUCCCUUCAGUCCUGUCUCAAACACUUUAUAUAGAUGUAAAAGUUGGGUUUUUUUCAAAAUACAAUCCCCUAUUAGCAGUAUGUGUCUAUUUGGUAAACCCUGUAGAGUGGCUUCAAGUCUUCUGCACAAGCAAGUAAAGUCAGGGGAAUGGCAUCUUCUGGCUGUGUGAAUAACAUGGGUGUAUCCAGUGUAGUACCAUAUGUUGCAAAGAUGGUUUUGUAGAUUGCUCAGGCAAAACACUAUAACAGCACCUGAUCUUUUUAAAUUUGCCAGUUAGAUUUGUGACAAUGCACUUUCACAGCAUUAACCAGAUUUUGAACUGCCCUGACCCGUUUGUUAAAAUGGACAAUUUAAAAACCGUAAACUGCAGGAUACUGCUAAUGAUGUCAUCUUCUGUGGAUGUUUUGUAGCAGGUUUCCUCCACCUGUCUAGCUCCUGAGACCUUAGUGAAUGUUCAGAAUGGAAUUGUGUAUGACAAAAGGAGACGAAAGAAUGUUUCAUAAUUCUGUAGGAUUAAGCAUGUCAAAUGUGUCUGUUUUUGGCAUUCCCCUUUCUGGGUGCAAUCAAGUGCCAGAUGAACCUUUUUUUUUAAAUUUUGUUCUUUUCUACAUUCUUUGUAAUUGCAUGAAGGUAAAUUGACAAAUUAUUAAAUUCUUAACAUUU